AUGACACCAGAGUCAGUUUUGUUUUUGUGUAAUUUCGACGACCAACUCAACACUGAAAACAAGACAAUUGAAAAGUUAUGGUCGGAGCAGUGGUCAGUCAGAGACCAAGCAAUAUGCAAGGAAUUGUUAGCGAUGGGUCUUGAUACAGAUGCACUGGGAGAUUUAUUGAAAUCGUAUCAAAGAGAUUCUAAUGUGAAGGAAAACAUUCUUUAUGUAUCUAUAAGUUCAUUUCUAACAUUUUGUGAUCGUAAUUGGAACCCUCACCCGGAAAAAUUGAGCUUAGAAGAAUUUUUUGGUGUAGAAUGGCCAAAAGACAUUGAUGCGAACAUUCUGCUGCAAAGGGAUUCCGAGCCAAUCUAUCUAAAUGUGAUCUAUCCAGAACUGUUGUAUUUCUCAACGCAAGUUUUCAGUGCUUUGUGUAACGCUGACCAAAGUUUGUUACACUUAUGGUGGUACUUCAGAAGUAAAGUGGCCCAUCAAAGAAGUUUGGAAGACACUAGCGCCACAUUGUAUGCGGACCUUGAAAUUAUAAUAGCAAAAUUGACCAACCUCCUUCAUGUGAUUCAAGAUAAGCCAAGGCUGCAGAUCCUGUUGUGCAUGGAGAUAGCUCAAGCCUACCUAAUAUAUGGCAGGGUACAAAGAACAGAAGAGUAUCUGACUAGGGCCAGAGACCUUGCAGGGUUGAAAUUGGAGUUAACAGGUAUACUGGGUAAAAGAACGAAGUUUCAACAAACAAUAAUACCUCAACUUGCACUGUCAAGUGAGCUGGACUCCAGCAUAGAGAGACCUACAGCUGAAGAGAGCCAUGGCACAGCUGAGCUGCCUCCCGACCUGGAACUGCAAGAUGAUCUUAGAUUGAACAAGAUUCACUACACGGAGUCCAUCAGCCAAGCUGAACUUCCUAGUUUAGAGCAAAUCCUGUGUUUGCUGACUGUGCAAUAUUUAAUUAAAUCUCAGCCAAAAGAUGAAUUGAUGAAUGAAGAGUUGGAGCCCUACAUCGCAGCUGUUCUCUCGCCAAAGAAAGGUGCGUGGCCUACUCGAGUAGCUGCACUUCUGAUCAGGUGUAAACUGGAAGCCAACCACAAGAGGACUGUGGAGCGAGCCAUGCUGCAGUGUGAGACCAUCGUUAAUGAUAAGACAGGCGCCAGUUCUACUACUAGAUUAUCCUAUCUCUGGGGGACUGGUCUUCAACCAGCCUGGGUAUGGAGACAGCAGUUAGCGGACCUGUACCUGAAUCUGGGUCUAGUGAAGGCAGCCUUAGAGGAAUACCUCAAAUUACAACUCUGGGAAGAUGUUAUUGUGUGUUAUACUGCGCUGCAGUUGAGACAUAAGGCAGCUGAAAUUAUACAGCAGCAAAUUGAUAUAAAUCCGACGGUGAAACUGUACUGCUUGCUAGGUGAUGCAACAGAUGACGUAAAGUGCUAUGAAAAGGCGUGGGAAUUUUCAAACCACAAGAGCAGUAGAGCGCAAAGACACUGGGGUAACUUCUUGUUCGAUCACAAGAAGUAUGAAGAAUGCAUUCCACAUUUCGAGAAGUCAGUCGAAAUCAAUUCCAUACAGGAUCGAGUUUGGCUUAGAUUAGGAUAUGCAGCUCUAAUGGUAGAAAACUGGGAAGUAUCAGCUAAGGCGUACCGUCGCUACACUUAUCUUCAACCCAACACGUUCGAGGCAUGGAACAACCUGGCCAAAGUGUAUGUCAACCAAGGGGACAAGAAGAGAGCUUAUAGAGCCCUCAUGGAGGCUUUGAGAUUCAAUUAUGAUAACUGGAAGCUAUGGGAAAACGUACUAAUAGUAAGUAUGGACACCGGUCACUUCGAGGACGUGAUCCGCGGCUGCCAUCGUCUACUGGAUCUGCAGCAAAAAUUUGAAGAUGUUGAGGUUUUGCAGUUGCUAGUGAGAGCCAUUCUGUCAGAUGCUAAAGAUGCUGAUGGAAAUAGUUCUGCUAGAUUGCAAAAGCGGGUUCUGGAAUUAUUCGGAAGGAUAACGUCAAUACACCAGAAUAAACCGGAGUUAUGGCAGCUCUAUUCCGACUUAAGUCCAACAAGUUUGUUGGCGGCACAGCGCUUAUUGAAGGCGUAUAAAGGUUUUACACAGACUGGCAACUGGUCUGACAAUCCUGAAACAUGUAAAAAGGUAAUAAAUAUGGCGCAAUCAGUUUUGGAACUUAGUAAAAAAGCGCGCGAAGAAGCAGAAGAGAAGGAUAUACUUCAAGCCAAUCAACAACUGUCUUCAGCACGACUCACUGGCCAGGCAGUCAUCAGGGCAGUGGAAAAACAAGACUGGCCUGAAACACGAAGUAGCUUGGAAGAAUUAAAACAAUUAUUUUCUAAUGUUACUGAAUAUAUGAAAUCAAUUAUGUAA